GCCUGUAUCGCGCGAUGGCACGCGUCUUGUACUCCCACUAUGUUCCUUUUAUGACUGUAUCCUACCACCUGAGCUUGUACUCCUGUACCCUAAGCUGCUUUGCAAUUGCUUGUCUCGUCUCAAGUCUCGAGCUUCAACUCGCUCCUCAAGAUUACCCGUCAACGGCAGGUAUUUCUACCGAGCUCCGAGCGGAGGAUGCUGAAUUGAUGGAAUCGAGAUCAGGGUCCAGUCCCAUCACACGCCACAGCGGCGAUCACACCUGCCUCGUGCAUCUCAUUACAGCACCUGGCUUCCUUCCAUACCUCUACAGCUUUAUCCUCUACUUCCUCCUGCUUGCUACACUUCCUGGCUACGUUGCUGCUUGCUCUCGGCGACUGCAGACCUGUGGUUACUAUCAGUAAACCUCGUUGAUCAAUAGCAACACCGGGACACCUUUGAGAGCGACGGAGGCGAGCGCGCGACAUGCGGGAGUGGCUGGGCAAGCACUGAAGAGACCCGAG